UUGUUUAGGAAUGAUUCAUUCAAGUCCCUUUGAGAGCCACUGAAGUCAUUGAAAAAAAGUCUCCGUACAUCCUUUGUUUUCUACUGAAACUCCUGGGGCAUAAAUGGAGUUAACUCUGGUUCACCUAUGAAUGCUCACUCUUAUCCAAAAGAGAGAAUGUAUACUGUACGAAAUAGGGAACAAGGACAUGGCUCCGUGGCCUGAACUGGAAGACACAGACACCAAUAAAUAUAUUGAAGAACCGUGCUCCAAACCAAACGAGAUCAUGUCUGAAAAAGAGACGAAAGAUACCAAAGACACGGCCAUUUCCACCGAAAAUCAGCUGGAACUUUUGCCUGCAUAUUCCACCAUUGCUUUGACCACUGAAUCUGAAGAAGAAGAUCCAUGGAGUCUGCCAGAGCUUCAGGAUACUGGAAUCCAAUGGUCAGAGCUUGAUGGAAAACACAAAGUCCUGUAUAUUUUACAAGGCAUAGGGAAAUUUAUUCUUCUGCUUGGAUUACUUUACUUUUUUGUUUGCUCCUUGGAUGUGCUCAGCUCUGCCUUCCAGUUAGUAGGAGGCAAAGCAGCAGGGGACAUUUUCAAGGAUGGCUCAGUCUUGUCAAAUCCUGUUGCAGGCCUUGUCAUUGGGGUUCUGGUGACUGUAAUGGUGCAGAGUUCUAGUACUUCUUCUUCUAUCAUUGUCAGCAUGGUGUCUUCUUCGUUACUGAGUGUUCAGCACGCUAUUCCAAUCAUAAUGGGAGCCAAUAUUGGGACGUCAGUUACAAACACCAUUGUGGCACUCAUGCAAGCAGGAGACAGGAACGAAUUUAGAAGGGCCUUUGCUGGUGCUACAGUCCAUGAUUUCUUUAACUGGCUUUCAGUAUUUGUACUAUUGCCCAUUGAAGUUGCGUCACAGUAUCUCUACCGCCUUACCAACCUUAUUGUGGACUCGUUUCAGCUGGAAAGUGGGGAAAAUGCCCCUGAAUUACUGAAAGUCAUCACAGAUCCUUUUACAAAACUUAUCAUCCAGCUUGAUAAAUCAGUGAUAAACGCAAUCGCUGUAGGAGAUGAAUCAGCAAAAAAUAAAAGCCUGGUGAAAGUUUGGUGCAAAACUAAAACUAAUGUGAUUGCAUUGAAUACGACCAUCCCACCAUCCGAAAAUUGCACAUCUUCAGACCUUUGCUGGACCAAUGGAAACAUGACCUGGACUGUCAAAAAUGAGUCGGUAAAAGAAAAUAUUGCAAAAUGCAAGCACAUUUUUGUAGACUCACAGCUCCAAGAUCUUGCCAUUGGUCUUAUCCUGCUUGCAUUGUCUUUGCUUGUCCUGUGUACUUGCUUGGUGUUGAUUGUUAAAUUGCUGAAUUCGGUCCUUAAAGGACAAGUAGCAAACGUUAUCAAGAAAACACUCAAUACUGGUAAGUAUUUCUUCUGUUUUUAAAUAAUAGAAUAUUUUGUCUAGAGCACUGUUUCUCGAACU